UGAUUUCUAUAUAUUUAAACUCACAAUCAUUAUAUUGAAGAGUAACAAAGUCGUUUCUCGGAAACCACGUUACAAAUUGAAGUCACGAAGAGCAGAUAUGGGAUCGAGUUCUCGUCGGUACGUGGUCUAAGAAUAUCGUGGAGUGGAUCGUUGAACCAGAGUUUCCUUUCUUCUUUCCACGAAGUGUCGAAGUACUCGGGAGAAAUAAAUCACAUACUUUCUCUGACAACGUUUCGGCUUGACAGUAUUCCGUAAACGAUGUCGGGCGACACCACAUCCGACGAUGAGGGAUCACAGGAGGAUCCACCACGUUACGACAUCGAUGAUUUGGAAAUCAUCAAGACUAUUGGCACAGGCACUUUCGGCAGAGUAGUUCUCUGCAGUCAUCAUGGAACGCCUCUUGCAUUAAAAAUCCUCUCCAUGGUCGACGUGAUCAGAUUGAAGCAAGUCGAGCACUUGCGCAAUGAAAUUACAAUUCUGAAGGAAGUUAAACACCCUUUCAUCGUCAAUAUGCUAUGGAACGGCAGAGACGAAGCCAGAGUGUAUAUGUUAUUGGAAUUCGUCGCCGGCGGAGAGCUCUUCUCUUACCUAAGAGCGGCCGGAAGAUUCGCAGGACCCACGAGUUGUUUCUACGCAGCCGAAAUAGUUUGCGCUCUAGAUUAUCUGCACAGCAAACAUAUAGUUUACAGAGACCUCAAGCCAGAGAAUCUUCUCCUUGAUAGUCAAGGCCAUCUCAAAAUCACCGAUUUCGGCUUCUCCAAAAAACUUACGGACAGAACAUGGACCUUGUGUGGAACGCCAGAAUAUUUGGCGCCGGAAAUAAUUCAAAGCAAAGGACACAAUAAAGCUGUAGACUGGUGGGCGUUAGGCGUUUUAAUUUACGAAAUGCUGGCGGGAUAUCCACCAUUCUUCGAUGAUAACCCUUUCGGGAUCUACGAGAAGAUUCUCAGCGGUAGGAUAGAAUGGCCAAAACACAUGGAUCCUAUCGCGAAGGAUCUGAUCAAGAAAUUAUUGAUCGCUGACAGAACGAAGAGAUUGGGAAAUAUGAGGCAGGGUGCUGAGGACGUGAAGAGGCAUCGAUGGUUUAAGCUAGUCGAAUGGUCCCUGGUGCCGCAAAGAGCCUUGACACCCCCGAUAAGGCCACGCGUGAAAACACCGGGGGAUGCGAGCUGCUUCGAUGAUUAUCCUGAAACUGACUGGCGUUCCCAACCACCUUUACCACCAGACCAACUAGCUUUAUUCCAAGAUUUUUGACAGCUAAUGUGACGACACCGUUGAAUAGUCACAAAUAUUUUCAAUAGAAAAACUCACUUUGUGGUAUAAAACAAUCACGAUCACAUUUC